AUGCCCGCAUCAAAGAAGAAAAUUAAGCAAAAAUUAAAACAAAAAGAAAAGAAACAAGCAUCCAAAACCAACACCGAAGUUGAGGUCGACAAGAAAAUUCCACAAAACGCCAAUGAUUUUCAACAAACAUUGGAUUCCAUUGCCAAUCAAUUAUCGUCAAUGACUUCUCUAGGAGAACAGGUGAAUUACUAUGAUGACGAUGACAGUGCAAGUGUAGUCACAUCACAAUUGGCAAAGAAAAAAGGUAUUCAAAAAAUUCAAUCCAAAAAGCAAAAGGAUAAACACAAAAAGAAUUUAGAAAAAGCUCUUUCCUAUCAAGAGCGGUUAGACACAACAGUUGUUAAAGAUCUUCAUUCACAAAUUAUGAAAUUACCAGAAGAACGGCAACGAAAACAUAGACCUGUGAAAAAGUCGGCUAUCAAGCAGUAA